CACCCCAUAAUUCCCGCAAUUUGCCCAGUGCAGAUGGCCACGGUCCGCAUGGGGUUCGCCAUGGAACUUGGACAGCGUUUGCUAGACUCAGCGCUCCGGCCCUGUAUCAAAUAUUGGAGCGUUUCCGUGUACAGGAGCAAUUUCCAUGACUGCUCAAGACUAGACGAGCCAAGGCCUGCGGGCUGCCAGUUUAACACCGGAGUCUCUACACAAUGUCCGGCACCGGAACAGCAGGUGGCCGUAUUGCGCCAGGUGUAGGCGCGAACUUAAUUGGACAGCACGCACAGGACCGCAACCAGGAGGCGACGGUCUAUGUGGGCAACCUGGAUGUGCAGACGACGGAGGAGCUAGUAUGGGAGCUAUUUACGCAAGCCGGUCCCGUAGUGAAUGUCUACAUGCCCAAGGAUCGCGUGACCAACGCACACCAGGGCUAUGGAUUCGUGGAGUUCAAGGGCGAAGAGGAUGCUGACUACGCUAUCAAGGUGCUGAACAUGGUAAAGGUGUACGGCAAGGCCAUCCGUGUGAACAAGGCCAGUCAGGACAAGCGGCAGGCGGACGUGGGCGCGAACCUGUUUAUCGGCAACCUGGAUCCGGACGUGGACGAGAAGCUGCUGUACGACACGUUCAGCGCUUUCGGUGUGAUUGUGAACACGCCCAAGAUCAUGCGCGAUCCGGACACCGGCAACAGCCGCGGCUUCGGCUUCGUGAGCUACGACUGCUUCGAGGCGUCGGACGCCGCCAUUGAGGCCAUGAACGGGCAGUACCUGUGCAACAGGGCCAUCACCGUGUCGUACGCCUUCAAGAAGGACACCAAGGGUGAGCGCCACGGCACGCCCGCUGAGCGCCUGCUGGCAGCGCAGAUGCGUGAGAAGGCGGCGGCGCAGAGCCGGCCUAACAUGCUGUUCGCGGAGGGUCCCAAGCUCAAGGGGCAGCAGGUGGGCCAGGCGCCGCCCGCGCCUGUCAUGGCGCCGUCGGGCUUUGCUGCAGGUGGCCCCAUGCCGCCGCCGCCACCCGGGCCAUCGGGCAUGCCGCCGCCCUACGGCGGGCCACCGCCGCCCUACGGCGCACCUCAGCACUGGGGGGGGCCGCCGCCAGGCCACUUCCCGCCGCACAUGCCGCCUCCACCGGGCGGCUUCGGGGGUUACGGGCCCGGACCCGGCUACGGCAUGCCGCCGCCGCCCUUCGGCAUGCCGCCGCCACACUUCGGCAUGGGGCCCCCGCCUGGCAUGCCCCCGCCUCCAGGGUACGGCAUGGGGCCUCCUCCCGGCAUGCCGCCGCCGCCGGGGUACGGCAUGGGUCCGCCGCCGGGCAUGCCGCCGCCGCCGCCCAACAUGCCGCCUCCACCGGGGGCGCCGCCGCCACCACCCGGGAUGCCGCCGCCGCCGCCCCCGCCGCCGCGGUGAAGUGGCGCACAAGAAUAAUCAAAUUCUGGAUAAUCGGACGGGCUGCCCGUGGUGGUGUUUUGUUGGUGCGCGAGUGGGCGACGUGCAGUUUGCGACGUUGAGGAUGCGGUACACGUCUGAGAGGUUGCGCACUGUGACGGUGCGUUUUGUACCGGUACAUUGGUGCGUUGGCAGGGCACAGCGUGUUGCCCAGCAGGAAUGGACUCGCAGAGCGGGGUCGCAACAAUUAGCGGCGCUAAAUGCGGGCCGGGUGGUGAGGUAGAGAUGCGCGGGCUCGUGGGGGGUGGGCUCGUGGGCAGCCUGCGGACAAGAGCGCGCAGAUUUGGGGGGCAGGUGGGGCAGACGGCCGCGUUAGCUCGCAAUGGGAUGGAACCCUGUGUAUCCACAAGAGUGCACUGCGAGCAAUUAUCUUUGAACUAGCUGCAUUCCCGAGACGAAUAGAACCGGCAGCUUUACACGCCUGCACAGUUUGAGCAAGUCUAAUACAAAGCCUAAUUUGAAGCAACCUCAAAAGUACCUUUCUAUUUGAAAUAGGGUCAAAUGUUCGGUGGCAAGGAUAAAGGCGCCAAGAAGCCCGAGGAGACUCCCAAGCCGGCCGAGCCGGCAGCGCCGGUACCGCAUGUUAGCUCGGCGCCCGACCCUUACGCCACGGACCCUGUGCUGAGCCAGAUGCCGCGGCCAUCAUCAGUGUUCGAGUUCGGGCCGAUGGUGCAAGUGGGAUCGGACUACAUGCGCGGCGUAUGCACUGGAGACAACCCAGACGCUAUUCAAGCAUGCACCUGGACCAUUGAGGAGGCUCAGGGGAAACCCAAGGAGAAGAAGCACGUCUUCAGGGUCGAAUUCUGAGGCGCAUUGGGGCGUGCUGGCACGGGAGUUUACUGGAUUAGGUCUGGGUCUGAUUGACACCGACACUCAGAGUGAUGGGGACGGAGAGGGGGCGUAGAAAGGCAGGAGGGAAGGGAUGAGGGCAAGGUGCUGCCGGUGUGUAUGGCACGUGCACAGCGGCCAGCUGCAGCCAGGGCAGCCUGUCGCACUAGCGCGACAGAUACUCAACGUCGCCGAAUGCGUGGCUGCACUGCUCAGUUCCUAGAAGAGUUGGCGAGGAUUGUGUAUACUGGGACAUGGACGAACGGCGCCGCGGCCAGGGGGCGAUGCUGUGUGGCGUAGCCAGCGCACGCAACGGCAUGCCAGGGUACAGCCGCAUCAGCCAUCUGGACUUUCCAGGGCACUGUGUGUUGCUGGGCAGGUGAUGUGUAGAGUUGCGCCGUGCCUGCAUGACUUCAGAUGCUGGGUAGCUCUGAGGAUGGGUUACUGAGUGGCCCGCGCAUACCGUAUGGUAGUCCCGCACAUCAGCGACGCGUGCGGUGAGGCUCCAGGGGAGGGCCGUGCCAGGGCUGUGACGGCAAGAGUCGACGGCCUCUGCAUUACUGAUGCUGCUGCCGUAUGCAGUUAGAAGUUGCCUUGUGGAGCUGCGCGGAGGGGUACUGAGGAUGACGUGCGCGGCGAGCCGCCAUCGGACCGUAGCGGGAUGCAUGCAAGGGACUCGAGAUCGGACAUGAGGAAUUGGCUUGCUUUACUUUUGCCUGCUGGACUGCGGCGUUGUAAACUGUCAAGACG